AUGAAACCAGAUAUACUCCAAAAUCAUUGGACAGAAACCAGACAUACUCCACAAUCACUGGACAGAAACCAGACACACUCCACAAUCAUUGGACAUAAACCAGACAUACUCCACAAUCACUGGACAGAAACCAGACAUACACCACAAUCACUGAACAGAAACAAGACAUAUUCGACAAUCACUGAACAGAACCAGACAGAAACCAGACAAACCCAACUAUUAUUGGAUAGAACCAAGACAAACUUCACAAUCACUGAACAGAACCAGACAGAAACCAGACAAACCCAACAAUUAUUGGAUAGAACCAAGACAAACUCCACAAUCACUGGAAACCAGACAAACUCCACAAUCACUGAACAGAAACCAGACAAACUCCACAAUCACUGGGCAGAAACCAGACAAACUCCACAAUCACUGAACAGAAACCAGACAAACUCCACAAUCACUGAACAGAAACCAGACAAACUCAACAAUUAUUGCACAGAAACCAGACAAACUCCACAAUCACUGAAUAGAAACCAGACAAACUCCACAAUCACUGGGCAGAAACCAGACAAACUCAACAAUCACUGGGCAGAAACCAGACAAACUCCACAAUCACUGAACAGAAACCAGACAUAA